GAGCCCAUUGGAAACUUCUUUUAAAACCUCUGACUCGCAUCCCUCGCAAGUCUGAAACCCUAGAAUUGCCUUUAGCAGAGCGGCUGGGUACUCUUCAGCAUCUACUCCCGAGUUAGAACGAUGUCAACUUCGGAGGCCGCUUGCACUUAUGCCGCUCUCAUACUCUUUGAUGAUCGCAUUCCUAUCACUGCUGAGAAGAUCUCAACAUUGGUUAAAGCUGCUGGUGUGAAUGUUGAAUCAUAUUGGCCAAGUUUGUUUGCAAAGCUUGCUGAGAAGUGCAACCUGGAGGAUCUCAUUAUGAAUGUAGGAGCUGGUGGUGGUGCAGUGGCAGUUGCAGCUGCCACACCUGCCGCUGGUGGUGCUCCAGCUGCUGCAGCUCCUGCUGCUGAGGAGAAGAAGAAGGAGGAACCUGCGGAGGAGAGUGAUGAUGAUAUGGGAUUCAGCCUGUUCGAUUAGAGGAUCUCAUUUCAUUUUACUUUGGUCCGACGUCUCUUUACUUUAGUAGUUUCCCAUCACAUCUUUUUGGUAGUUGUUAAGUGACUUGAUAUUAGCAUUCGUGAACUAAAGGUUAUGACAUGUUUUUGCACAAUGUGGAUUGCUACCUGAUACAUAUGUAUUUCAGGUGCCGUUGAAGUUUUUUUUAAAUAGUAAUUAUGGUUUGAAACUUUGAAUU